AUGGGUGAAGGAGUUUCACAUACAUUUGGCCAAUGUAAUCCUUCUCUUAUUAUAUCCUCCACAUUCGAAACAUUUCUUGUUGAUACCUCAAUUUCUUUACCUCCAUUCACUAUUCCUACAUCAACAAAAUCACCUCCAUCAACUCAUUCACCUACUUUCGAUAAUGUCAUGAAUCAACCUAUUACAUCCCUGUUUUCAUCCCAAUCCACUGAUCCCCCAUUGAUUCAAGAAGAUGAUGAUCAGACUGGUGAUGAUGAUGAGUUUGAUAGUAACUUUGCUGAUAUUGAGUUUCAUCCUGAGGAAGAGAACAUUCCAAAUAAUAUGUUGCUCACCGGGAAGCAUUUAAAAAUUCUGAUAUGA